GUUGGUCUUUUUGAGUGGCUGUUUUUAAAUCUUGUCCAACUUCAUGCGAUAUUUCUAUGCUUUCUAAGUUAUUAAACCUCGUUUCUACGAAGUUGUUACUGAAAAACGUUUGGUACUACAUGCCAACUAGUACCAAUGGCGCUCCAGAAUUUGCACGAGCUUUACAAUAACAAGCGUCAUCCAAGUCGAAAUGGUGGCGAUUCUGGAAGAAAUUCAACUACUCUUAUGUGUUACGUUACGCUUGCAAGUAGUCAGGUUUAUCAGGUUGAAGUCGAUCAUAAAGCAGAAUGUCAGGAAGUCAUAGAUAAAAUAUGUAAAUUGAUAGGGAUUACUGAAGAAGCUAGUUAUUUUGGUAUCCUGUUAGCAGGAUCGAGAAACGAAUUGUUUUGGCUUAACAGCAGAAACAGGUUAUCAAGGCAAAUUCCAGGGCCCCCUCCAUACCAUCUAUAUUUUAGAGUGAAGUAUUUUGUUCAACCAUCUACACUUCAACUCGAGGAAACCAGACAUCAGUUUUACACAAACGUCGUAUAUCAUUUAAAAAACGGAUCUUGGGACGCUGACACCACCCUGGAAACACAGUCACAAUUAAUUGCCCUCAUGGCAUACAUACAGUUUGGAAAUUACAACCCAAACACCACUCCAUGCAAGUAUGCUUGCUUUUGGCCCGAAUGUCGCAACGAAAUUCCACCGGAAGCUAUUCGUAUGGCUGCUGCUUUUCAUAAAGACUUAAAAGAUAUUACCACUUCCCACGCAAAAUAUGAACUUUUGUCUAUAGUUUCACGAGAAUUUCCCUCAUAUGGAACAUAUUUCUAUGAUGUGAAGAAUAUAUUUGAUCGCAAGUUAUUGCUUGGUGUUGGUCCUAGUGAUAUUGUUUUGUGCAACUCUACUGGAGGCGUUAUCGAUCGCUUUCCGUUUUGUCGAGUACACACAAUCACAAACAGCGCACGAGUUGUUACUUUAAAUUUGCUUGAAGAAGAUGGCAGUGUUAAAGGACAAAAUUAUCAAUUAUCAUCAACUCGUUUAGCUUAUUCUCUUUAUCGUACAAUUACUGAAGUUCAUGCUUUUUUUCAAAGUGAUUCAAUUAAACAAUCUUUAAUUGAACAAACUGUGCGAGAAUCAUUUACUUCAAUGUUUGAUCAUAAUGGUAAAGAAUACGCGUUCGAUCUUCGAUAUACAUUUUUGGAAGUGUAUGAUCGUGCCAGACGACAUAUGUAUCAUUGCACAAGUAACACUACUAAUCCUAUACCUACAUGUGGAUCACAUGGUCUAACACAACGUACAAGAAGUUUAAGUGGCUCUGUGAAUUCUGUUAUACAUGGUGAUAACAUUUCAACAAGUAGCUUAGAAGCUAUCCACAAGACUGAAGAUUCUCGAGGAAAGCAAGACUCAUCAAGCCUGGCUGAAUCAGUCGUUAGUGUUGAGGAAGUUCAAGAGAUAGUCCAGGAAACUUUGCGUGAAGUAGCACUCUGUCGUGUUUGUAUGGACCAACCAAUAUCACGUGUUUUCUUUCCAUGUGGUCAUACAAUAUGCUGCAGCAUAUGCGCUGAUCGUGUAGAUCAAUGUCCUGUGUGUCGUAAAAGUAUUGAAAUCAGGCAUCCAUGCUAUUUACCUUGGAAUACAGAAUCAAAUAGUGAAGAGGUUUGUCUUCUUCCUAGCUGUACAUUUAAAGAUGUAAGUGAUCGAUUUAAGUCUCAUAGACACUCACGUCACCAUAAAAACAAUACCACAUCAGAUUCAGCUUUGCAUGAAACAGCAUCAGCACCUUCCUGUCAAUUAUCAUCUUUUAUCCAUGAAAUUUCAAAAACAUCUGAUCGUUCAAGUAGCCUUAAUCAGUCCACACCAACUAGUGUUCCUCAUUUAUCCAUAAGCAAUCAAUCCGAUGUCACUUUCUUUUCAAGAGCAUCUUCAUCAAUAUCUGAUGAAAAGCCUUGUGGAGUUUCUACAAUGACUGCUUCAACCUCAGGAAAUUCGGUUCCUUUACUAGUUACAUCUUCAAACAAUCCUAGAAGUCAUGAAGCCGAGAAAUCUGUUAGUACUACGCGUCGUGUUACAUGGCAAACAGAAGAUUAGCGAUGCUUAGUACUACUUAUGCAUUAUACAGUGUGCACAAUAUUUAUAUAAAUUAUUUUAUUUUUCGGUGAUAUCAAAGAAAACCAUUCACAAUAACCUGAAUUUGUUUCUAAAUAAAGACUCACUUUUAUUCCUAUUUAGCUUGGCUUUUUCCUUUCUUUUUAAACUACAAAGUUUGUCGUCAAACGGUGCAAUUUGUUCUCUUUUUUAAAAAAAAAAACAACCUUUUUUGUUACUUUUCUCCUUUGUUCUCUACAUUGUAUCAUAUAUAUUUAUAUUUGUAUUCUUCAGUCUUUCAAAAUUCAUGUAGUUUUUUCAAACUCCCCUUAUGUAUUAAAUUCAAACAUUUAUGUAUUUGUAUACCAAAGAUUUUCAGUGUAACCUGAAAAGAGAAGGAAUUUAUUUUUAUUUACUUACUACAACCAUAAAUCCGUAUAUAUAUAUAUAUAUAUAUAUAUAUAUAUAUAUAUAUAUAUAUAUAUAUAUAUUGUUCUAACCGUCAUAUAUGUACAUAUAUAUAUUUAAACACGCAUAUAUUUAUGAUUAACUACAGCAGCUCAUGUUCAACUGAUCUCAACAAUAUAUCACAGAUCUAUACAUGUAUAUGUUAUCUUGUUUAUGAAUUUAAUAUUGCUUUAUUUCUUAAUCUCAUUGCCUAACCUAUCAUUCAUUUAAACCUUUUGAUCAAUGUGACACGGUUUCAAUUCAUGAAGAAAAAAAAGAACCCUUUAUUGAAUAUAAUAAAUAUUGUACAGAAAUAUGUAUUUAUAUACAUAACUUUUAUUACUGUUGUUAUCAUUAUUAUUAUUAUCAAGUCAUUUGUGACGUUUACUGCCUCACAGAAAAAAAAACGAACAUAUUUUGGUCACUCUUUACUGGUAUUCAAUUUCUUUUUAAUUGUGAAAAGCAUUAUCACUAGUUAUCCAUAAAUUUCAAGUUUAUAUCUUACAUCUUAUUACUUAAUUUUUGUCUCGCUUGAUAUGUGUAUGUAUAAUAAAACCACAAUUUUAUUUAUAUAGAUUUUAAGAGUAAAUGUUCAAUCUU